GCUUGAUGUAUUUACGUCACCGCUGGUGGGCGGAAGUGAGCGGCGUCCGGGCGUUGAAGAGGUAAACAAACGCCGGAGGAAUCUUCAAGCGUGAACAUUUGAAGAGUCCCGGCGUUCGAGGCGACCUUUGUAGCUCGAACUACUGGCAAAUGUCUCGCUUGAGAGGCGCGCAGCAGGUCGACUCACUGCGGGGCUUCAGGGCGCCCGAAAGUGAGCCCAGCGUCCCGUACGGACUCCUCAAGGCGGCCCGGCAGAGCGGGACGCUCAACCUGAGCAAUCGGAGUCUGACCGAAGUCCCGGCGAGCGUGUACCGGCUGAAUGUGGACACCCCCGAGGAAGCCCAUCACAACGUGUCGUUCGGCGCGUCCGAGCGCUGGUGGGAGCAGACGGACCUCACCAAGCUGCUGCUGGCGUCCAACGGGCUGACGCGCUUGUCCGACGACAUCCGACUGCUGCCGGCGCUCACCACGCUCGACCUGCACGACAACCAGCUGCAGACGCUGCCGCCCGCCUUGGGGGAACUGCGAGAGCUUCAGCAGCUGCGACUCAGUCACAACCGCUUGAGCUCGCUGCCGGCGGAGGUCUUCUCCCUGAAGAACCUGCGCAGCCUGACGCUGCAGCAGAACCUGCUGGACGCGCUACCCGAGGAGCUGGGCCAACUGGAGGCGCUCACUGAGCUGGACGUGUCGGACAACCAGCUGACGGAGCUCCCGUCCGGCCUGGGCCGGCUGGGCCGCCUGCAGAAGCUCCACCUGUGCCGCAACAAGCUGGCCCGUCUGCCCGACAGCCUGCCGCUGCUCACCAAUGUGAAGUUGCUAGAUUGCAGCAACAACCUUCUGAGCGACGUUCCCGCCAGCCUGUCGCAGAUGGCGGCCCUGGAGCAGCUCUACCUGCGCCACAACAAGCUGCGCCGACUCCCGCCGCUUGGCGCGCCCGCGCUCAAGGAGCUCUACGUGGGGAACAACCAGAUCGCGAGCGUGGCCGGCGAGGACGUGUCCAGCUUUGGCGCCCUCUCCGUGCUGGAGCUGCGAGACAACAAGAUCGCGACGCUGCCCGAGCAGGUGGCCGCGCUCGGCGCGCUCACGCGCCUCGACCUCACCAACAACGACAUCGGCACACUUCCCGCGUCGCUCGGCCUGCUGCCCGAGCUCAAGACUCUGCUGCUGGAGGGAAAUCCCCUGCGCGGGAUCCGGAGGGACCUGCUGACCAAAGGAACCAACGAGCUUCUCAAGUACCUCAGAGGAAGAAUUCAAGAGGAGCCCGAUUGUGCCAUCGACACGCCGACCGCCAUGACGCUGCCCGGCCAGGCCGCCAUCAACGUGCACAACAUCAAAACGCUCAAGUCGCUGGCGUACAGUGACAAGAAGGCCGAUCGCGUCCCGGACGAGCUGUUCCAGGCCGCCGCCGAGCACGCCGUCACCUCCGCCGACUUCAGCAAGAACCUGCUGAGCGACGUGCCGCCACGGCUGGCCGAAACGCGGGCCUCGCUGACGGAGCUCAACAUGGCCUUCAACAGGCUGAGCUGCUGCGACUUGCUCUGCUCGCUGGUCAACCUGGUGCACCUCGACCUUCGGAACAACCAGCUGAGGGAUUUACCCGUCGAGCUGAAGAACUUGACAAAGCUUCACUCGGUCAUCCUCAACUACAACAAGUUCAAGUCCUUCCCGGAGGUUUUGUACGACAUGCCGUCGCUGGAAACCAUCCUGCUCGGAAACAACCAGGUGGGUGGCGUGGACCCCGCUCGGUUGUUGGGCCUGCUCCGCCUGUCCACGCUGGACCUGUCCAACAACGACCUGCUCAACGUGCCGCCUCAGCUGGGCCUGUGCACAACGCUCAGGUGUCUGAGUCUGCAGGGAAAUCCUUUCCGGACGCCGCGAGCCGCCAUCGUGGCCAAGGGAACGGACGCCGUGCUGGAGUACCUGCGUAGCCGCAUUCCCACUUGAGCCCCGACUCCCAAACGGCCCGCUCCUCGUAACCCCCCAAAUCACGACAAGCCUUCUUUAUUCAUUAAAGAGAUGUUUCAUGUGCCAAC